AUGGCUGCGCAACCCCCCAUCGUCCACGUCACCGGCGUGAUAUUUGAUAUCCGAACGCUACUCGACUCAGCCGCCAGCAGCGGAACGACAGGAGACGUGGGUUCAGCAGGCUCAGGGAAGGGAGGCGAGGCGGAGGGUUCACGACUUGCGGGGGGCGCGGACGGUGGGGGUGGGGGUGGGGGUGGUAGUGGGGGAAAGAGCAGCGGAGGCGCGGAGGCAGGGGCAGCGGCCGAGGGGAGGAUUGAAGGGGGAGUCGUCAAGCAGCAUGAAAGUUGUCUCCUCUCUCGGUCACUUUUUGUUGCCCUUCCCACCACGCCCCUUCCCUCUACCUCACCCUCCCUCCCGCCCCCUCUUUCCCCUCUCUCUCUCUCCCUUCUCUCUCUACACCUCCCUCCGCCCUCUUCCUCCCCCACUCUCUCCGCCACUUCCUCUUCCCCCCCCCUGCACACUCUUGCAUGCCGUCCCGCUUGCCAUGCCUGCACAUCUGCUAUGCUGUGGCUAACUCCUGGGGGUGUUCUCCUCUAUGCCAGUCACCGCGAUAGCCUGGAACAACAGUUCCUCUCCCUGCAAGCAUCCCUGGCUGCGGACAAGGCCACCGCCCCUCUUGCCUCGCUCGUCUCUCCCAUCUUCCUCCCCCUUGCUGCCACCACACCUGCUUCGUCUCCUGCCACUCCUCCCCCGCUCUCUCUCCUCUGGGACCCCUCCUCUUCCUCCUGCUGCGAUCCCCACUCCCCCGCUGCUGCCCCGUCCUUCCCCCCGACCACCACGCUUGUAGUGCUGGGUGGAGAAGCAGCAGAGGAGGUGCGAGUGCUGGCAGGCCCAACAGCAGCUACCCUCACCUCGUCCCCAUCCUCCUCCCCGCGCUGCUCUCCUCUGCAAUGGCAUCACUCCGCACUGCAGGGCGAGGCUGUAUUGCCUGAUCUAGAGCUGGUACCGCCCUUGCUGCCACAACUGAGCCAGCAGGCGUCGGGCCGUGCCAUGAUUUCCUACAGCAUGAAGUGGUCCCGAGAGCUCGACUUCCUCAAGCGCAGAGCGUUUCCCCUCCUUCCAUCACCAUCGCCAUCACCAUCCCCAUCCCCAUCACCAGCAGCCUCUGCUCUUCUCUUCUCUCCACUCAUCCUUUCGCAACCUCUUACUGUGUCCGAUGGCCACCACAGCAGCAGCUUCUCACAGCUGCCAUUGCCCCCCACAUCAAGCCCAACUGUAGUUCUGCAUAAAGCAACGGACGAGAUCGUCCAAGUGGAUGCAUCAAUGGACGGAGUUCAUCUCACAUUCUCACCACCCUUUCAACACCUGCUUGAUUAUUGCAGCAGCAGCUCGGGCAGCCUCAAAAUAGUCGACCCACUGCCCGCAGUCCUCCCGUUGACCGACCGAGUGAAAACACUCUCGCUCCUCUCCGACCUACUCUCCACCAUCGAUGCGCCCGGGAGUGCACCGCCUUCAGCUGUUCUCCGGGUUCCACGCUUUGUACAGGUGCCGGACAUAAGGCAGACGGCAGCAGUGCUGGCAGCAAUGGCAGCAGCGGGGGUGCGCCUUCCAGUGAUAGUCAAGCCGCGCAUUGCGUGUGGCGCUGCUGCCAGCCAUGCCAUGGCGAUUGUCUUUUCGGAAGAUGCCUUUGCCACACUGUCGUUGCCAUCUCCCUCGGUUAUCCAGGAGUAUGUGGACCAUGGGGCGUGCCAGUUCAAGUGCUACGUGCUGGGCGACGCCUUUUUCGCUGCUGAGAGGCGCAGCACUCCCGAUGCUGCACCGCUGCUGCUGCAGCAGCAGAAACAGGCGCACGGAGAGGACGGGCAGCAGCAGCAGCAGCAGGAGGAGCAAAGGGCGAAGGCAUCAGCGGCACCAGCAGCGAUCUCGUUUGACAGCCUCAAGUCCCUUCCCAUGGCCUUCCCAAGCCAGCCCAGCGAGCAGCAGCAGCAGCAAGCACCAUUGCCUCAGCCUGUGAACCCCAGCGGUGCAGCAAGGCAGGGCGGGAACCCCCCUGCCCUUGGAGCCGUGGGUGGUUUCAACGAGGCUGUGGCGCGCCGAGCAGCUGACCUGCUGCGCUCUGCUCUCGGCCUCACACUCUUUGGCUUCGAUGUCCUUGUGCAGGAGGGCACAGCGGAGCACGUGGUGGUGGACGUGAACUACUUCCCCUCCUUCAAGGACGUACCAGACCACCUCGCCAUCCCGGCCUUCCACACCGCCUGUGCCUCCCGCCUCGUGUAG